UUAUUUUGCUUUGUUUUAGAAUUCCAACUUCUGGGUUUUUCUUUGUUUCUUUUUUCUGUAUUUGCAUUAGCAAAAUGAAUUCUGAAGGAGAAAACCAUGUAACUAAGGAUCAUAAUGAUAUUUCUUGCAGAAGAGCAGUUUCUCUUCCUGUUGCUUUCAAGGAUGAUGAUCUUCUCCUAGAAAUACCGUCAAGAACACCAGAAGAGUGUUCGCAAGAUUUUGUUGCAAUCAAAAUGCCAAUGACACCAAGUCCAACUCCUACUCCCAAAAGAGUGAAUUUUCUGGUGAGUUCUCGCAGUGUUGGCGCUCUGAUAAAUAAUUCACCUGGAUCUGAAACAUCGAAAGGCAAAUCAUCGAUAAGAAACUUCCUACCAAAAUUGAGCUUCAUGUAUAGGACACCAGCAAAUAUUGAAAAGGCUAAUACACCAACUCCAGAAGUUUUGUCUUCGGGUUCUCGAGAAAAGCCUUUAAUCUCAAGAUCAUUGUCCCUUAGUAAGACAUUUUCUCCUCGGAUUAAAAGAACUUCAUCAUUGCCGGUAGAAGAUAUUGGAAUUUCAAACACAGAAUCUACUCAUGGUGGAAAUGGAAGUGUUGGUGGUCCUCCUCUGAGUAAAAAACAGACUCGGCGAAAGAUAGCUCGCUCUCUUUCAAUGCCUACCAACAACAAGGACAAAAGCCUGAGGAGGAUGGAUUCGUUUUUUCGUGUUGUUCCUUCUACUUCUCGAGUAAAGGAAAUAAAUGAAUUGUUGAGCGUGUCCUCAACAAAAGAUACUGAAAACGAAGAUGCUGAUGAUGGUGGUGAAGAUAUAGCUAAAGAAGAGGCUGUGUGUAGAAUCUGUCUGGUUGAAUUAUGUGAAGGAGGUGAGACCUUCAAGUUGGAAUGUAGCUGCAAAGGUGAACUUGCUUUGGCUCACCAAGAAUGUGCUAUUAAAUGGUUUAGUAUAAAGGGUAACAAGACUUGUGAUGUUUGCAAGGAGGAUGUUAAAAACCUUCCUGUCACUAUAUUACGGAUCCAAAGUGUUCGAAAUCAGAUUAGUGGAGCAAGUAGAUCUCCGCUCGAAGAUGUAAACGGGUCCAGGGUUUGGAUGGAAGUUCCGAUGCUUGUCAUUGUCAGCAUAUUGGGCUAUUUUUUUUUCCUUGAGCAACUGUUGUUUGCAAAAAUGGGAACUGGUGCAAUUGCCACAGCUCUUCCAUUUUCCUGUGUACUUGGUCUGCUCUCCUCCAUGACAUCGUCAACCAUGGUGCAGAGCAGGUUCAUAUGGAUUUAUGCAUCUUUCCAGUUUGCUAUGGUGGUUCUAUUCGCGCAUAUAUUUUACUCUUUGGUUCAUCUGCAAGCAGUUCUGUCAGUCCUUCUUGCAACCUUUGCUGGUUUUGGUGUGGUGAUGAGUGGAAGUUAUAUCCCUGUAGAGUUUUUUAGAUGGAGAAGGAGAUGGCAGGCUCUACAAGAGCAACAACAUGGCGCUCAACUGAUGACACAAGCAGGACAACAACCUCAAGCUGUAAACACCCCACGCUUGGACGCAUCCAACGACAGUCAUCCGGUUGUGCAAGAUCUACAAAACUCAAAUCAGAGCUGAGUUGAUAUUUUUGUGCUUCUCAUCUAUGACGCAAAAACACUCCUAUGACAUCCGUGCUUCUCAUCUAUUUUUAGGCGUGUUUCUGUGUCGGACACACGUCAGUGUCUAGAACUCCUAUGACAUCCGUACCACACGUCUCAGGUACCCCAGACAAGUCUCCUCAAAUCUAGUGGCUGCAGUGGGUUGCUUUUCAUUCCGGAUUUGGAAGUACUUAUUGUGUAUAGGGUAUGGAAUUUAACAUUUGUUACUACACAUCGAUACGAGACUUUCGUCGUACAGCUUAUGAACAUAGCUUCCUCAUGGUAUGGAGUUUCUGUUUAUUUAUUUGUACUGAUGAAUAUUUCAGCACAUCAAAACCAGAAGGCUUUUGGCUUUCUUUUUUGUAGCCUCAUGUGAGGCACAAUGAUUUUGUUUUAGGUCAAAGUGAGAGUCAAGGAUUGAGGAAAUGUGUUUGUUAUUUUUUCUUA